AUGACCACCACGCCCUCGGGAGAGGCCAGAGCCUCCAGCAUCCCCACACAUGGUGCCCUGCACAGGUCCACGGGCUUCCAGAACCUCGUGCAGAAAGAGCUGCUGCAAGAGUCGAGUACGGCUCAGAAUCCUCAGAUUUUCCACCUUUACUCCCUGAUUAAGGAAGAGACACCACAAGCGGCAGGCGUCCCAGACAGGGAACAGGAACUAGCUCCAUCUACCCCAAGCGCUGCGGUACAGUCCCCGCCAAAUGCGGAGGCUCAGCCCGUCGUGAGCACAGCCGAUGCCAAUGACCAGCUUGACACUCGGGCUGCUGACACUGCUGAAGCUGUUGAGGAGAAACCUGAGGGUCAGGAGGCCUUGAACCCUGGCACUGAUGCUUUGCCAUCAGCCCCUGCCUCGCCGGGCCCCGGAGUGGCAGGCGUGGAGAGGAGGCCCCUGGACUCCACGGCCAGUAAGAACAACUACAUGCGCUCCAUGACCAGCUUGCUGGGCGGGGGUGAGGGGUCCAUCAGCUCCCUGGCAGACAUCCUGGUGUGGUCUGAUACUGCCAUGGAUGGCCACGGCUCCGUGACAGACCUGCUGCACAACACGGGGCCCAGCCUGCACUCCAUCUCCAGCAUCCGGGGGAGUGCCAGCUCUGCCUCAUCCUCCGGGCGCAGUGGGGACCAGUCGGCCCUGCACUCCGUCACCCACAUGCUGGAACCGGUGGAGCGGAGGACCGUAGAGGGCAUCCUCUCGGCCAUGCGCUACCUGACCAGACACCUCGCCCCACGCCAGGCCCAUGCCGGCCCCAACUUGGACGAGGCCCCGCGCUCGAACAAAUAA